AUGACUGACACGAGUCUGUCCUCAGUGAAGUGUCUCUUCACGCUGGAGGAGGAGGGGCUGACAGGAGCCAGUUUCUUCAGUGUGUUUGAGGGAGCAGACGAGAAACUUGUGCUGUGCUCUGAUGAAAUAGUCUGUGUCAGUCAAAUGGAGAAGAUGGAGAACUAUCUGAUGCUGAUGUUUCUGUGUUACAUGGUAAACCUCAUCACUGUUGACAGUGUGAGUGUGAGGUUGGUGAAUGGCAGUAAUCCCUGUGCUGGUCGAGUGGAGGUUUUUCAUGAUGGCCAGUGGGGAACAGUAUGUGAUGAUUCCUGGGAUAUUGCUGAUGCUGCAGUGAUGUGUAGAGAGGUGGACUGUGGGAAGGUUAUAAAAAUUACCCACAGUGCUUACUUUGGAUCUGGAUCAGGACCAAUUUCAUACACUGAUGCAUCCUGUAGUGGAUUAGAGACUUCACUGAAAUCCUGCAUAUCACAGUGGAAUGUUCAGUUCUGUAAUCAUAAUGAAGACGCUGGAGUCGUCUGUUCAGACUCAGAAAAAGGACUUCGAAUUGUGGAUGGGUUUCACCUGUGUUCUGGUAGAGUGGAGAUGCUUCGCAUUGAAGGAUGGGGUUCAGUGUGUGACGCUGCCUUUGACCAGCAGGAUGCAGAGGUUGUGUGUAGAGAGCUGGACUGUGGGGCUCCUGUACAGGUGCUGGGAGCAGCUGCUUUUGGCAAAGGGAAAGGCCGUGUUUGGUCAGAGGAGAUUCAGUGCAGAGGAAAUGAAUUACAAAUAGACAUCUGUCCACGAUUAUCUUCACAGAUACACAGCUGUUCCCAUAACAAUGACAUGGGGGUGAUCUGUUCUGGUUACACUGAUCUCAGACUGGUAAAUGGUUCAGACUCUUGUUCUGGAAGAGUGGAGCUUCAGUAUCUUGGUGAAUGGGGCACAGUGUGUGAUGCAUGCUGGGAUAUGAGAGCUGCCAGUGUCCUCUGUAGACAGCUGAAUUGUGGGAUUGCUGUGUCUGUUGUGGGAUCAGACUGGUUUGGAGAGGGAAGUGGUGAAAUCUUGGCUGAU